AUGGGGAGAGGGGGGAUGUUUGGUGAGAGGGGAGGGGUGGAAAUGGGGUUUGAGGGGGAGAUUGUGUGUUGGGGAGGGGGGGGGAAUGGGGGGGGGGGGGGAAUAGUGGGGCUCCAGAGCACGGCUGUCAUCCGGCUAAAAAUAGUGGACCAAAAUGACAACCAGCCUUCUAUAAUUGAGCCCCCGCUUUACAAGGGCUCCGCCGAGAUCUUUCUGCCCAAAGACGCACCUGCAGGCUACUUGGUAACCCACAUUAAGGCCACAGAUGCUGAUGAAGGCAUAAACGCGCAGCUGUCCUAUAAAAUCACAGAGGGGGGGCACCUGGGCUUCUCCAUUAACAAGGACACGGGCAAAUUGCACGCGAGUCGCCAACUUGCGUUCGAUCUUACAGACAGCGUCAAAGUCACUGUUGGGGUGAGUGACAAUGGUUUCCCGGCGCAAACUUCCACAGCGGUCAUCCACUUGAGUUUCAUUGAGGGGAGUCUACCCAGCAUGCCUUCCUCUGCGUCUGAGAAUAGCAGCAGGGAUUACUUUGAGUGGGACAUGUCUGUGGCCAUUAUUAUCGUCCUGGCAGGAAGUUGCUCUCUCCUCCUCUUGGCCAUAGUGCUCAUUAUGACCAUUUGCAGCCGGCGCAGAAAGGAGCCAAGGGAGAGCGGCAAUGAGGAGAAGGAAGACGCCCCAAACACGGAGAGGAAAGUGGAAAGCGGCCAUAUUGAUGCAUUGAUCGCCAACCACAAAGGCAAAGUGUUUGAUGCCCAUCCAUUUCCAGAGACAGCUCCUUUGGCGAGCGGCACCACCACCACAGAGGCUCGGUGCGAGGAUGCCAGGCAAGCUGUGGGCAUCUUUGAGCCCAACAGCAGGACGGUGGAGGGGAAAUUAAAGGGCUACUCCACGCUGCCGGGUUAUGGCAAAGAGACUGUGAGGCCAAUCACCAUCUGGAAGGGCAACUCUUUCACCACCAUCUCUGCCCGGGACCCCCACAUCAGCGGCAAGGACAGUGGCAAAGGGGACAGCGACUUUAAUGACAGCGACAGCGACAUCAGCGCCGACGUGCACAAGAAGGAGUCUCCGCCCACAAACAGUCUUUGGGCUUGCACUAGUGAAUGUAAAGUGCUGGGCCAUUCGGAUCGCUGCUGGAGCCCGUCCGCCUCACGUCCCAACACCAGCAUGGCCUGCGCACCGCACCUGUCCACGUUCAACAAGACGGCGUCGCUGCCGAGGGACGCGCGGCGGGAGAACUACUAUCCUUCCCAUUUACCCAAGCCAAAUGCCCUCCAGAGCGUCUACGAACAAGUGCAACACCAAGAGUUCGAUUACAUUCUGGUUGGACCACCCACACCGGCCCGAAUACAAGAGACUGAUGAGAUCUCCAUUCCUGAGUACAACAAUUCAUAG